AAUCACUUACAAAAUCACUAUGAUGAUCGUUUGAACGUUGAAGAAAGUCCUAUGGAUUGCAACAAAAUCAAGCUACAGUGCUUUGCUUGCCGGAAUCCCGAACGUUCCACGUUUCUCGGUUUCUUUUUGGCUGAUUCACCUUUUCGACCUCUUCCUCCAUGUUCACUGCAGUUCGUUCCUUCCGCAGCGCUGUUGCCCGCACUGGCAACUAUGCCGCUCUCCCGCGGUCUUCGAUCGCGAGGAAUAUGAAUACCAAAGUUUCCGGACCUGUCGUUGGUAUUGACUUGGGUACAACGAACUCAUGUGUUUCCGUCAUGGAGGGGAAGACGGCGCGUGUGAUUGAAAAUUCCGAGGGUGCCCGGACAACACCCUCUGUUGUUGCAUUCACAAAACACGGUGAACGUCUGGUCGGCCUACCCGCAAAGCGCCAGGCCGUUGUCAACCCUGCCAAUACGGUCUUUGCAUUCAAGCGGUUGAUUGGUCGGCGAUACAAAGACAAGGAGGUUCAGGAAGACGUAAAGCAUUGGCCUUUCCAUGUUGUAGAAAAAUCUGAUGGUCGACCAGCAGUGGAGGUCGAAGCCGGUUCAAAGAAGCAGCAAUACUCUCCCGAGGAGCUGUCGUCCAUGGUUCUUGUAAAGAUGAGGGAGACCUGUGAACAGUUUUUCAACAAGAAAGUCAACCACGCCGUCAUUACUGUACCCGCCUACUUCAACGACGCACAACGACAAGCAACGAAGGAUGCUGGUCAAAUCGCAGGUCUCGAAGUGCUGCGGGUGAUCAAUGAACCUACCGCUGCUGCUCUUGCCUAUGGUUUGGAUCGUUCUGAUUCGUCAGUUAUUGCUGUCUAUGACCUUGGAGGCGGUACCUUUGAUAUCUCAAUCCUGGAGAUGCAGAAGGGUGUCUUCGAAGUCAAGUCAACCAAUGGCGAUACUCACCUUGGCGGUGAGGACUUCGACAUCAUUCUGCUCAACCACAUCUUGGCGGAGUUCAAGAAGGAGUCUGGCAUCGACCUGAGCCAGGACCGGAUAGCUAUUCAGCGCAUUCGUGAAACUGCUGAGAAGGCCAAGAUUGAGCUUUCGUCAACGACGCAGACGGAGAUCAACCUCCCAUAUAUCACUGCCGAUGCAUCUGGUCCCAAGCACAUCAACAUGAGGCUUGGACGUGUGCAGCUGGAGAACCUCGUGGAACCUCUUAUCAAGCGUACCAUUGACCCGUGCAAGAAGGCACUUUCUGAUGCCGGUGUGAAGACCAGUGAAAUUGACGAGGUCAUCCUCGUCGGUGGUAUGACUCGUAUGCCCAAGGUCUCUGACACGGUCAAGAGCAUCUUCGGUCGUGAGCCCAGCAAGGGUGUCAAUCCCGAUGAGGCUGUCGCCAUUGGUGCUUCCAUCCAGGGUGGUGUGCUCGCAGGCAACGUUACGGAUAUCCUGCUCCUUGAUGUUACGCCCCUAUCGCUUGGUAUCGAGACCCUCGGUGGUAUCAUGACCAAGCUCAUCAGUCGUAACACGACCAUCCCGACGAAGAAGUCCCAGGUUUUCUCCACUGCUGCUGAUGGCCAGACCGCCAUCGAGGUCAAGAUCUACCAGGGCGAGCGUGAGCUUGUCCGGGACAACAAACUCCUUGGCAACUUCAACCUUGUUGGCAUUCCCCCUGCUCCCAAGGGUGUUCCUCAGAUCGAGAUCACCUUCGAUAUUGAUGCUGACGGUAUCGUCAACGUAUCUGCCAAGGACAAGGCUACCAACAAGGACCAGUCCAUGACCAUCGCCUCGUCUUCCGGUCUUAGUGACAAGGAUAUUGAGCGCAUGGUUUCAGAUGCCGAGCAGUUCGCUGAAUCUGACAAGGCUCGUCGUGAUCUCAUCGAGGAAAGCAAUAAGGGCGAGUCCGUCUGCUCUGACACCGAGAAAGCCAUGAAUGAGUUCAAGGACCAGCUUGACGCUGCCGAAAAGGAGAAGGUGACCAAGCUUGUCACUGAGCUCCGCGAGCUUGCUGCCAAGGGCCAGGCUGGCGACGGUGCUGUUACCGCUGAGCAGAUCCGGGAGAAGAUCAACGAGACUCAACAAGCUUCGCUCGGUCUCUUCCAGAAGGUGUACGAGAAGCGGAAUGCUGAGAACGCCUCUUCGGAAAGCAGCUCGGAGACCAAGGAGGAGAAGAAGGAUUAAGCACCUUCGCCCACCUUAACUCUCAUCCUUACGCAGCUCCCAUCAUCUUUGCUGCAUCUUGGUUUCUCCCAUCGCAUUGCUGUUUCGUCA